AUGGGGAAGAUUAAAAAGAUUUAUGGUAUGUCUGAACUGGAAAAAAGGGUACAGAGAAAGCUGUGGCGAAAUAGUUAUCAUCGUUGUAAAAAUAAUCUCAAAAAAGGGAAAGAUGAAGAAUUAAUAAGACAACAAAAUACACCACCCGCUUCCGAUGCAGAGGAACUAGUUUUUGUAGACAUUUAUAAUAAUCGGUUGCAAAAUGCUGCUGUAAGAAGUUCACAUCGAAAUGCCGUCCGAAAACUUGAAGGAAAAGUUUUCGUCGAAAACAAGAAAAAGAAAGGUUAUGUCUGCAAGAAAAAAUUAAUUAAUGCAAAAAACAGGCCAACUCGUGGAAGCAAACAUUUUCAAGGCUUCAAAAACAAAAAAAAUAAUUGCUCUCCUUCGCCAAACUCAAAAGUAAAAGAUAUAAUGCGUGAAGGACAAGAGACUGUUAAACGAAAACUUAAUGAGUGA